AUGCGGAAGCGUAACGAUCAAUCACACAAGACUAGUCAUUCCGUCACGCCUCCAAAUGUGACCAGCCAUGAUCCAGUCCGGAUCAAACGCCGGUUUGUUGGGCCACGCGAUCUGGACUGGGGAAUGAAGUGGAGAAAUUGGAAGGCAAUGCAAGAGAACUGGCUUGACAAUCCGGUGAACUUUUUAUCUAGCGGUGUGGUUCGGUUGAUUCUGAUCAUUCUGUUGGGUGGUGGAGAUACGGGUUUUGCCAUUUACGCGCGUUUGAAAAAUCCGCAAGCAUCACGUGUCGGUUUUUCCGCACAUCUGGGCGGUUUUGUCGCGGGUGUCCUUGUUGGUAUACCAAUACUGCGUAACCUGGAAGUGGAACGUUGGGAGAAAGUCUGUUUCUGGGUUUCCAUUGUGCUGUUCACAUGUUUUGUGGUUGCCGCUAUCUUGUUCAACGGAUUUUGUAUGCGAAUUAAUCUAUGCCCGGCUUGUAUCUAUUAG